AUGUGGAAUCAGCUGGGAGCGGUUCUUCUCCUUGCUGCGGUGCCGGUCUUCGGGACAAGUGACACGUCAAACCCCCUUACCCAGGGCAACGACACAGCACCAUGGCCUAACUCCGUCUACAAAAAUGCUACCGAUAGCAGUAAUCCCGUCGUCGCCGCAGGCUCUAAGUCAAACCAAACUUCUCCCCCGUGGUACCCAUCACCAUGGGGCGAAGGACUGGGUGAUUGGGAGGCGGCGUAUGCCAGGGCCAGGUCAAUUGUCAGCCAGAUGACCCUUACGGAGAAGGUGAAUCUUACAACCGGUGUUGGAUGGGAACUCGAGCGAUGCGUCGGUCAAAAUGGCGCCGUUCCUCGGCUCGGAAUUCCCAGCAUGUGCAUGCAGGAUUCGCCCGUAGGAGUCAGGGAUACGGAUUACAAUUCAGUUUUCCCGAUGGGUGUCAAUGUCGCAGCAACUUGGGAUCGGGGCAUGGCGUACACCCGUGGACAAGGAAUGGGCUACGAGCACAAACACAAAGGCAGCAAUGUUCAGUUGGGCCCAGUGACUGGUCCACUUGGUCGCGUACCCGAGGGCGGAAGAAAUUGGGAAGGCUUUGCGCCUGAUCCGGUGCUCUCGGGUGUGUUGUUUGGCGAGACCAUUUCUGGAAUCCAGUCGCAGAAUGUCAUUGCCUGCGGCAAGCACUUUAUCGGCUAUGAGCAAGAACAUUUCCGCAGUCCAGGGAAUGGGUUUCUGUACCAAGUAAAUGACAGCUACAGUGCUAACCUAGACGAUGUGACAAUGCACGAGAUGUAUCUUUGGCCAUGGAUGGAUGGUGUGCGCGCUGGAAUGGGCUCGGUUAUGUGCUCUUACAACCAAAUCAACAACAGCUAUGCGUGCCAAAACAGCUAUGUGCUCAACAAGCUGUUGAAGGCGGAAUUGGGAUUCCAAGGUUUUGUCAUGAGUGACUGGAGUGCGCAGAUGUCUGGUGUUGCCAGUGCACUGGCUGGUCUCGAUAUGACCAUGCCUGGCGACAUAGCAUUCGAUUCCGGUACCUCAUAUUGGGGAGGCAACUUGACCGUUGCUGUUCUGAAUGGCACCGUGCCCCAGUGGCGCGUAGACGAUAUGGCUGUUCGUAUCAUGGCAGCGUGGUAUUACGUUGGCGCGGAAAAGAAUUAUGUCCCCAUCAACUUUGCUUCUUGGACCCUCGACACCUAUGGCUACAAGCACUACUAUUCAAAUGAAGGAUAUGGUAUGAUCAAUGAACAUGUUGACGUGCGAAACAACCACGGAGCCUUAAUUCGUGAGAUCGGUGCCGCGAGUGCAGUCCUGCUGAAGAAUGUCGAUGCACUACCAUUGACAGGCAAAGAAAAGUUCACAGGGGUGUUUGGAUCCGAUGCAGGCCCAAAUGCAUAUGGCCCCAAUGGAUGCUCCGAUCGCGGAUGUGAUAUGGGCACAUUAGGCUGUGCAUGGGGUAGUGGAUCUGCCAAUUUCCCAUACUUGGUUACACCGGGCUUUGCCAUUGAGAAUGAGAUCUAUAACAAUGGCAAUGGAAUGUACCAGGCUGUCCUCGACGACUACGCCUACUCUCAGGCUGAGUCAGUGGCCGGCCAGGCAUCCGUAUCUAUUGUUUUUGUCAACUCCAACAGCGGUGAGGGGUAUAUUAGUGUUGAUGGAAACAUCGGCGAUCGCAACAAUCUCACUCUCUGGAAUGACGGAGAUGCUUUGAUCAAAGCCGUCAGCUCAAAAUGCAAUAACACUAUCGUGGUGAUCCACAGCGUUGGCCCAGUACUUCUGGACAGCUUCGUCAACAACGAAAAUGUAACAGCAAUAAUCUGGGCCGGUGUUCCUGGCGAGGAAUCCGGAAAUUCCAUCGUCGAUGUGCUCUACGGCAAGGUCAACCCCGGCGGCAAGUUGCCAUUCACGAUGGGCUCCUCACGCAAAGAUUGGGGAGCAGACAUCCUGUACAAGCCCAACAGCGGCGAAAGUGCCCCGCAACUCGAUUUUACCGAGGGUCAAUUCAUCGAUUAUCGCGCCUUUGACAAGGGCGGCGUGAAGCCCCUCUACGAAUUUGGCUACGGCCAGAGCUACACUACAUUUAGUUACUCUGACAUCACCAUCACGAAACAUAAUGCUGGAAAAUACACCCCUACAACAGGCUCUACAUCCGCAGCUCCCGUUCUAGGCAAAGUCUCCAAAGAUACAUCGAAAUACACAUUCCCAGACGACAUCACCCCAAUCCCUUACUUCAUCUACCCAUACCUCAACUCUACAUCUCUGAAGAAAUCAGCCGGUGAAUCGGACUACGGCGCCUCUGGCUCUAUCCCUGCAAAUUCACACAAUGGCUCCCCGCAACCCCGUCUCCCUUCCAGUGGUGUGGGUGGAAACCCCCUGCUAUGGGACGUUCUCUACACGGUAACCGCAAAGAUCACCAACACUGGCAAGAGAGCCGGUGACGAGGUGGCUCAGCUGUAUGUGGGACUGGGUGGACCGAAUGACGCAAUUAGACAGCUUCGUGGAUUUGAAAGACUAAGCAUCGCACCUGGAGAAACUGCUACAUUCAAGGUGGAUCUUACGCGACGCGAUCUCUCGAAUUGGGAUACUGUUUCGCAGGACUGGGUUAUUUCAGACUAUAAGAAGACUGUUUAUAUUGGUGCUUCUUCACGAAAUCUUCCUUUGAAGACGGUUAUUUCUGGUGCUUCUACCUUCAAUUAG